AUGGGCCAUGAAUUCACAGGCGAGGUGUUUGAAAUUGGAGAUCAAGUCAAGACUUUCAAAACGGGUGACCGAGUUGUCUCGCCUUUCACAGUCAGUUGUGGAAACUGCUUCUACUGCGAUGGUGGAUUUUCAUCACGCUGCGCUCGCGGCCAGCUCUACGGAUCCGCUGUAUUAGAUGGCGGACAAGCGGAAUAUGUGCGUGUACCUCUAGCAGAUGCCACUUUGGUUCAUGCGCCCCCGACAAUCGACGAAAAGAAGCUGGUGUUGAUGGCGGACAUUUUCCCAACGGGUUAUUUUGCCGCAUCAAACGCCUUUCGCUCCCUAGACACGCCCACUAUCGAGAAGAGUACUGUUCUCCUCUUUGGAUGUGGACCGGUGGGGAUUUGCGCUCUGGUCAGCGCUCUGGAAUAUCGCCCCAAGCAUCUAAUUGCGAUAGACAGCGUCUCAUCUCGUCUUCAGCUAGCUGAAAGCUUGGGUGCUGAGCCUUGGAACUAUCAGCAAGAUGAGCAGGGCUUACGCGACAGAGUGAAAACCUUGACUGAAGGCCGAGGAGCGGAUGUUGUCAUCGAAGUUGUGGGGCAUAGCAGCGCAUUACGAAUGGGAUUUGAGCUGCUGCGACCGUGGGGAAUUCUCUCGAGUGUGGGUGUGCAUAAUGGCGAGAUCCCCUGGACAGGUAACGAAGCGUAUGGAAAGAACUUGCGAAUUCAAAUGGGACGAUGCCCUGUGCGCAGUAGGUUUCUUCUUGAACUAAGAUUUUGGUGGUGGCUGACUUUGCCAGGCAUUUUUGGUGAAGCCAUGGACCUCUUGGCAAAGAAGCAGGAUGUGCUCAAUUUCAUGUCGGAUGACAUUCGACCUCUCUCUCAGGCGGUACAGGCGUUCGAUGAUUUCAAUAACAUGCGAUGCCAGAAGGUUAUCUUUGAGGCGGAUAAGUAG